UGACUGUCCCUGCUUGGUGACAAGAGGCUAGUCAAAUGUUGAUAUACACAAAAGCUGCAUUCCUCAUCUUUUCUCUUGCCUUUACAACCACAUUUGAGAAAAGAUUACCAGUGGUGAGAAUCUUCGACAUGAACAACCACUUUCACAGAAACUGAAGCUGCUGGUUUGCAUCUAAUUCCAUAAUUUACAUCAAUCCAGAAAAAAAGGAGAUAAAGUAUGUACCAUGCCCAAAGGAAAGGGAGCCAAAGGCACAAAGGUGUCCCUGAAGAUUGCCAAAAAGGCAAUACGGAUGACCCCAGAUGGACAGAGGAGACUCACCCUUAGCAACAUGGGUUUAACCAGCUUCCCAAAGUGUCUCCUCAAACUGACCAACGUGGACGAGUUAGACCUCAGCCGCAACCUCAUACAGAAACUCCCAGACAACAUCGGGAACUUCUCAUCACUCAGAUGGCUGGAUCUGCACAGCAACAAGCUGGAGUCUGUGCCAGAGUCCAUUGGAAAUCUGGUGGAACUGACCCACCUAAACCUCUGUAACAACCGCCUAAACUCUGCUGGUUUACCUUCCACGCUGGGCUCCCUCACCAACCUGAAGAGUCUCAAUCUAGGAAUGAAUCAGUUGGACGCCCUUCCUCCCACCUUAGUGGCCCUAAACAACCUCCAAGAGCUAGGCCUGUUUGAUAACCUCUUCAUCAAGAUGCCAGAGUUUGUGAGAGUUCUACGCAACCUCACCAAGGUGAAUGUGAAACGAAAUCCUCUAUCGUAUGUUCAAGGGGAUGGCAAGGGAAUGCUGAAGAAAAAGGCGGAGCCAGAGGAAGAUGUGCACCUGGUUCAUGAGAGCAGUCUUUGUACGACAUGCCUUAAGAGAUGUAAAGCAGAGAGGGAGAGGCUUAUCACAGAAGGACAAAGAGGAAGGGGAGUAAGAGGAAGUUGUGGUGGUGAUGUUCUUGAGGAGAAAAGAAUAAGGACUUUUUCUGGACUGAUGACACCCAACUCAAUAGCUAUAGUCAAUCAGGAUGUGUGGAGAAUAAGAGGUAAGGUGGAAUACAAGAAAAUGAAAUAACCAGACAGCUGCUAAUGUUACCUUGUUACAAAACAAGUGGAAGAGACAUUUUAGCACAACUUAAAGUUUAAUAUAUACGCAAAAUAUCUAGCUUUAUGUUUCACCACUUUUCUUUAUGCAUUUCAUAUUUCAACUGAUGAAAUGAAACAAAUGAUUUCUCCACAUAUUGCUGCAAGACUGUAACUAACUGAUAACACUUACUUGGCAUUAGCAAUGACCUCAGCGACUCCUCUGCCUUUUAAUGCUGGUACUACAGCGGUCAACCUGCAGGGAGAAAGAGGAAGGGAAAGAUUAGUGUUAGGAU